CUUUAAGAUAUUUUGGCAAAUACAACACUGCGUCAAAACGUUAUAAGAAUAAUAAUGGUGUGAUAAAGAAAGACAACAAAGCAUGCAAUUGGAUUUUGUCUCAAUUCUCUCUGUUUGUAUUAGCACUGCAGUACGAAGCAUGUAAUUAUCUAAUCAUUUAUACUUUUACUAUUACAUCGUAAAAUAAGAUCUGCAAAUAAAUUUGAAGUCAGCACAAAAGCAUUACAAACUAAAGAAAUCUGCUUAAGUUUGGUUAAUACUGAAUAUCAAGAGUCUUUAAUAUGUCUAAUAUGGUGGAGUUUGAAGAAGUAUCCUUCCCUCCACAAGAGUCCACCGCUAGUCCGGUAAAAAAAUCAUUAGUGGGUGUUAUAGAUGAAGGCACUAACACAGUGAGUUUUUGUGUUUAUUCGAUACCUGACUUAAAGGAGAUUGUUACGGCUAGCAUGGAUUUACAAAUGAUAACACCACAGGAAGGAUGGUUUGAGCAAGAUCCUAAUGCAAUUAUAACAGUGGUGCAUAAAGCUUGUGCAAGUGGUUGUGCACAAUUGUCUAAAUUGGGUUAUAGCAUUAAAGAUAUUGCCACCAUUGGCAUAACAAAUCAACGUGAAACAAUUGUUGCGUGGGAUAGUUUGACUGGGAAACCGCUCUAUAAUGCACUUGUCUGGAACGAUAUACGAACAUCGUCUUUAGUUGAUCGUGUACUUAACAAACUGCCAAAUAGAAAUAAAUCCCAUUUUAUGGAUAUAGCCGGUUUACCAGUAUCAACGUAUUUUUCUGCAUUGAAGAUAAUGUGGCUGAUGGAAAAUGUGUCAGCUGUUAAGGAAGCAAUCAAACAAAAACGUUGUAAAUUUGGCACCAUAGAUAGUUGGAUUGUGUGGAAUCUCACAAAAGGUGCGUUACAUAUAACUGAUGUUACUAAUGCUUCCCGUACACUGCUUAUGAACAUUGAUACACUUAAUUGGGAUGAAACACUACUUAACACAUUCAAUGUAUGCUCUGAAACACUGCCUGAAAUACGUAGCAGUUCAGAGAUUUAUGGCGAAAUUUCAGAUGAACGCUCCAUACUCAAGGGCAUACUUAUAAGUGGUUUAAUAGGUAAUCAACAAGCUUCUUUAGUAGGCCAGUUGUGUUUGGUACCUGGUCGAGUUAAAAGCACCUAUCGCUCUGGUUGUUUUUUGCUGUACAAUACUGGCGAGAAAAAGGUUGUAUCAUCGACUGGUUUACUUACUACUGUUGCAUAUAAGUUAGGCAAAGAUGCCCCAGUACACUACGCCUUAGAAGGUGCUGUAGCUGUGGGCGGUCGCGCUCUAGAGUGGUUGCAAACCAAAGUACGAAUAAUGCAUGUAGGUGCCGAUUCAGAAAAUUUUGCCUCGGCUGUACCUACCACUGGUGAUGUUUAUUUUGUGCCUGCGUUUACUGGUUUAUAUGCUCCAUAUUGGCGUAAAGAUGCGCGUGGUAUUAUUUGUGGACUCACACAAUUCACAACCAAACACCAUAUCAUACGUGCUGCGCUCGAGUCAAUUUGUUUUCAGACACGCGAUGUACUGGAAUAUAUGCAAGCAGAAGUUAGGAUUGAUUUGCAAAAGUUACAAGUAGAUGGAUCACUUGCAUCUAAUAAUUUGCUAAUGCAAUUGCAGGCGGAUACUACUGGUUUAACGGUAUACCGCUCCCAACUUCAAGAUACUACGGCUUUUGGUGCUGCGUUGUGUGCUGGUCAAGCGAAGGGUAUUGAACUAUGUAGUUUGGAGAAUUCAACAUUUGAUGUGAUGGAGUUUGAUAAAUUCUCUCCAAUUGGAGAUAAUAAAGAACGUAAACUGCGUUAUGAUAAAUGGAAGAAAGCAGUUAAACGUAGCUUGGGUUGGACGAAAUCAGAACCAAAAAAGGAAUCCAAAAUUAAUAAAAAUGUUGCUUUAGAAAAUUUGGUACCUGCGACUGUGUUCAUUCUCGGUGCUGUUGUAGCGAUAUUAUUUGUUAAGUCAAAAUAUUGCUGAUAAAGCAAUUAAUUGCUUAGUAUAAUUAAAUAAAACUUAAACAAAGCUUUAACCAAUUUGCUUAAAAUAUGAUACUAUGUAGUAAAAAUACUUUCAUAUUUUCAAAGAAAAUACUAAUUUUACGUGUUAUUUAUGAACUUUUCAACGAGUUCGGUUGUGAUAUAAUAUAAUUAACAUAAUCCUUUUUACGUUUUAGCUCUCUGUAUAUAUAUAUGUAUAUGUAUAUUUAUUUAUACUUCAACUAAAAAUGUAUAUAUA